AUGGCUGCGCCCGCAAACUCCCAAAUUAAUCGUCUACGAAACCAAAUUGCUACGCCGAUGGCCAGCCCAGUCAAUCAAAAUGGAAGCUUCGAAUUCGACCGUGUGCUCAAGAGCGGCUAUGUCCAGAAGCGAACCCAGAAGACCAAGACUUGGAAAUCCGUUUAUCUUGUCCUUAGACCCAGUGCUCUCUCGAUAUACAAGACAGACAAGGAGAGCAAGCUUCGACACAAGCUCUACACUUCGGAACUCUCCGCCGUUACGCUCCUCAAAGACCCCAAGAACAAGCGUCAUAAUCUCUUCGGUCUAUUCUCUCCAGCGAAGAACUACCACUUCGAGGCUCCGAGUGCGAAGGAUGCGCAAGAAUGGGUGGAUUUAAUUAAGAAAGAUGCUAAGAUCGAGGAAGAGGAAGAAGAGAUGUUCUUGGCAAGUCCUAUCAUUCGCCGACAGACGUUCGCUCCCGUCGGUAUGCUGCAGAAUGGGUCGGGAACGACGCGGAUCACACCCCAAGAUCACGAAAGACCCAUCUCUAGCUCACCCGAGCCUGUCGAUCCGAGAUCGUCACGAUCUGCGCAAUCUACGAGAAGACUUUCGCACAACGAUUAUUCGGGUCUAUCUGGCAACGAACUGGCAUCCCAUUCGGAUAUCUCCGAUAACGAAGGACGAGUCCACGGUGCGUCUAUCGAGAGUCUCGGUGCUCGAUCGCCCACGACGUCGGGGACGCAUAUAGAAACCGGUUCCAAUAACCGCCCGAAUUUGUGGCAUAGGAAUGCGAGCCAACUCAGCGGCCUGAAUAACCUCGAGAACGACCCGGACCGCAUCGUCUGGCAAGGCUGGCUGUGGCUGCUCAACAGCAAAGGCGGUGUGAAGCAGUGGAAAAACCGGUGGGCGGUUCUCCGACCUCGGAAUCUCAUCCUCUACAAGGACGAAUCCGAGUACAAGGCGUCCUUCAUACUAUCGCUCUCGGGGAUCGUCAACGUCGUGGACAUCGACCCGAUCAGCAAGACCAAGUCGCACUGCUUCCAGGUCAUCACGGACGAGAAGACGUACCGCUACUGCGCGCACGACGAGGAGACGCUGGUGCAGUGCCUGGGCGCUUUCAAGAGCCUGCUCUCCAAGCGCAGGGACUUGGAAGCCCGGGCAGCCGCCUCGGGGAACGUGACAUUACCGCCACCAUCACCACUGCCCGCAACAGCAGCAUGA